UAAUAAUAAUAAUAAUAAUAAUAAUAAUAAUAAUAACAAUAAUUAUAAUAAUAACGACAUUGACAAUGAUAAUAACAACAAUAAUAGUAAUAGUUGUAGCAGUAGUGCUAUUAUAAUGAAUCCUUAAAAUGAGACCUAUUAUUUCGUCUUCUACAAGUAGUGAUAGUUUUUUUUUGUAUAAUUCAUAAUCAUGUCUCUAAGCAUCAUUGGUUAUAUACAUUCUAGCGUAAGUGAUCGCUUCGUUUGAAUUGUAAGCGGAUUUCUUAGUGGAGUUGCUGGCAGGACUCAAUUACGUGAGGUAAUUGAUAAUAGCAUUUCCCCUCACAAUUUCAGUUAUGAUAUUUGCUUCAUCUAAAGUUCACAUUGUCAUCCGUUCACAGUAACUUUUUUUGUUUAUUCACUAUUAAUCACACUAAUACAAUGGGCGGUAUUCAUAAAGAAAAGGAUAUGCUUAUAUUUGCAAAAUAUGAAGGAAAUCCUUCUACUUGUAUUCAUAAACAUUUCAAGCAAAAGCUUCUACUUUUAGAGCAAAAGCAUAUCCUUAUAAUCACAUAAAAGUAAAUGGUUAUACAUAAAGAAGACCCAUUACUUCAUAUAAAGAGCAUAUGCUUCGAAAAAGCUGAGUCUGGUCAGUAGCAGAUGCAGUUCGAAGAGAAAGGUUGUUCUGUCCGAUUCUCAGCACGAUGGCAGAUUUUGUGGAUGUGAGGCAUGUUAAACAAUACAUGCCCCGUUUACCCACACUUGAUCGUGAUUUCAAGAUGUUAUUCCGUUUUGAAGAACAAAAUGUACAGUGGCUUGCGGACAGAUUUUUAGGCACCAAUGAAGAAACUCGGGGAGGCGCCUUGUCAUCUUUCCAUAGAAUGAAGAUAUGUUUGCGUUACCUCAGUGAUCAUGGCUAUCAAAAAGGUAUCGGUCAAGAACUUGGUGUUAGCCAAGCAACGGUAUCACGGACUGUGAAUACAGUAGUUGAUAGCAUAAUUGCUCAUGCGAAUGAAUGGAUAAAGUUUCCAACUACCAACAGAGAAAUAGUAGAGGCAAAACAGUUAUGGCAAAGGAAGUAUAAGUUUCCGACAGUUAUUGGUGUCAUCGAUUGUACUCACGUGGGGAUACUGAAACCAAAGCUGCAUGGAGAUGAGUACAUUAAUCGAAAAGGCAAGUCUACUCUGAAUGUUCAAGCCACUUGUGAUGCCAAAUAAAUGUUCACUAGUGUUGAUGUUAGUUGGCCUGGAUCCGUGCACGACUCAAGGAUAUGGAGAAAUUCACAAGUGUGUUUACAAUUAAGAACUAAAGCUAAUGCUGUGCUACUUGGUGAUGACGGAUAUGGAAUAGAGCCAUGUCUCAUGACUCCAUAUCGAAAUCCUACAUCCCCUGCUGAGGUAAAAUAUAACAAGCUUUUAAAAAAAGAGAGAGUAAUAAUUGAACGAUGCUUUGGCCAACUGAAACGUCGAUUUCCUAUCUUACAAUAGUCGCGUGAAGUUGGAAAAUGUACCGAAAAUAAUCGUUACCUGUGUCGUGCUCCAUAACAUUGCAAAAACUUUAGGUGAUCCUGACUUCGAGCCAGCUGAAGAGAUACCAGAAGAUGAAGAAAACCAUGACAACAAUCGUGAUGAACUAGCUCUUCGCCAACAGGGACAGGAAAUCAGGAACAACUUGAGCAUUGUAAUAUACAACUUUAAUAAUUAAAAAUAAUGUUACAAC